AUGGCUCUACUCCUCGUAAUAGCGCACAACAACAGCUCAGACCCAGCAAUGGUACAUCUCCUCUUAGUAGUGCACAACAACAGCUCAGACCCAGCAAUGGUACAUCUUCUCUUAAUAGUGCACAACAACAGCUCAGACCCAGCAAUGGUGCAUCUUCUCUUAAUAGUGCACAACAACAGCUCAGACCCAGCAAUGGUACAUCUCCUCUUAGUAGUGCACAACAACAGCUCAGACCCAGCAAUGGUACAUCUCCUCUUAGUAGUGCACAACAACAGCUCAGACCCAGCAAUGGUACAUCUCCUCUUAAUAGUCCACUGCAACAAAGCAGCAACAGCAAUGGUACAUCUUCUCUUAAUAGUGCACAACAACAGCUCAGACCCAGCAAUGGUGCAUCUCCUCUUAGUAGUGCACAACAACAGCUCAGACCCAGCAAUGGUACAUCUCCUCUUAGUAGUGCACAACAACAGCUCAGACCCAGCAAUGGUACAUCUCCUCUUAGUAGUGCACAACAACAGCUCAGACCCAGCAAUGGUGCAUCUUCUCUUAAUAGUGCACAACAACAGCUCAGACCCAGCAAUGGUACAUCUCCUCUUAGUAGUGCACAACAACAGCUCAGACCCAGCAAUGGUACAUCUUCUCUUAAUAGUGCACAACAACAGCUCAGACCCAGCAAUGGUACAUCUUCUCUUAAUAGUCCACUGCAACAAAGCAGCAACAGCAAUGGUACAUCUUCUCUUAAUAGUGCACAACAACAGCUCAGACCCAGCAAUGGUGCAUCUCCUCUUAGUAGUGCACAACAACAGCUCAGACCCAGCAAUGGUACAUCUCCUCUUAGUAGUGCACAACAACAGCUCAGACCCAGCAAUGGUGCAUCUUCUCUUAAUAGUGCACAACAACAGCUCAGACCCAGCAAUGGUGCAUCUUCUCUUAAUAGUGCACAACAACAGCUCAGACCCAGCAAUGGUACAUCUUCUCUUAAUAGUGCACAACAACAGCUGUAAUGCAUGA